CGGCCGGGGGCGUCGUCCCACCUCUCGGGGUGGCUGCUGCUCGUCGGUUGCCUCCUCGCCGGAGCCCAGCUGGAUUCUGAUGGCACCAUUACUAUAGAAGAGCAGAUUGUCCUUGUGCUGAAAGCCAAAGUACAGUGUGAACUCAACAUCACAGCUCAGCUCCAGGAAGGAGAGGGAAAUUGUUUUCCAGAAUGGGAUGGACUCAUUUGUUGGCCCAGAGGAACAGUGGGGAAAAUAUCAGCUGUCCCCUGCCCUCCUUAUAUUUAUGACUUCAAUCAUAAAGGCGUGGCUUUCCGACACUGUAACCCCAAUGGAACAUGGGACUUUAUGCACAGUUUAAAUAAGACAUGGGCUAAUUAUUCAGACUGCCUUCGCUUUCUUCAGCCAGAUAUCAGCAUAGGAAAGCAAGAAUUCUUUGAACGCCUCUAUGUCAUGUACACUAUUGGCUACUCCAUCUCCUUUGGCUCCCUGGCCGUGGCUAUUCUCAUCAUUGGUUAUUUCAGACGAUUGCAUUGCACUAGGAACUAUAUACACCUGCACUUAUUUGUAUCUUUCAUGCUGAGAGCUGCAAGCAUCUUUGUCAAGGACAGAGUGGUCCAUGCUCACAUAGGGGUAAAGGAGCUGCAGUCCCUGAUGAUGAAGGAGGACCUACAGAAUUUCAUAGAUGUGCCUUAUAUGGAUAAAUUGCAAUAUAUUGGGUGCAAGAUCGCUGUUGUGAUGUUUAUUUACUUCUUGGCGACAAACUACUAUUGGAUCUUGGUGGAAGGUCUCUACCUGCAUAGUCUGAUUUUUGUGGCUUUCUUUUCUGACACCAAAUACCUGUGGGGCUUCACCUUGAUAGGCUGGGGGUUCCCUGCAGUAUUUGUUGCAGCCUGGGCGGUGGCACGGGCCACGCUGGCGGACGCGAGGUGCUGGGACCUUAGUGCUGGAGACAUCAAGUGGAUUUAUCAAGCCCCAAUCUUAGCAGCUAUUGGACUGAAUUUUAUUCUGUUUCUGAAUACGGUUAGAGUUCUGGCUACCAAGAUUUGGGAGACCAAUGCAGUUGGGCAUGACACAAGAAAGCAAUACAGGAAACUCGCCAAAUCCACGCUGGUCCUGGUGCUGGUCUUCGGCGUGCAUUACGUUGUGUUCGUGUGCCUGCCCCACUCCUUCUCGGGGCUCGGGUGGGAGAUCCGGAUGCACUGUGAGCUCUUCUUCAACUCCUUUCAGGGUUUCUUCGUGUCUAUCAUCUACUGCUACUGCAAUGGAGAGGUUCAGUCGGAGGUGAAGAAGAUGUGGAGUCGGUGGAAUCUGUCCGUCGACUGGAAAAGGACGCCCCCGUGCGGCGGCCACAGAUACGGCUCGGUGCUCACCACCAUGACGCACAGCACCAGCAGCCAGUCGCAGAUGGCAGCCAGCACUCGCAUGGUCCUCAUCUCUGCCAAAGCCACCAGGCCGGCUGGCCGGCAGCACGACAGCCACGUGACUUUACCCGGCUAUGUCUGGAGUAACUCAGAGCAGGACUGCCAGCCACACUUGAGCCAGGAGGAGACCAAGGAAGGUAACAGGAGGCAGGGAGAAGAAGCUCCAAUGGAGGUGUCUUCCAGGCCAGUGGAAUGCACCCCAGAACCUGGAGGAAGCAAAGGAGAAAUAGAGGAUGUUCUGUAAAUCAACAUCUGUGGCUUGAAGAGCUGGUCCAUCGGGUUGUCCGAGAGCUGAUGGUCCAAGAGUUUGGCUGUCAUCCCUCUGCUUGAGCCCCAGAGCUGAAAAUCCAGGGUUGAAGUGUUUCUUUACAAAGUUUCCAGGCUCCAUGAAUUGGCUCCAUAAAUACUGAGGCUACAAAAGGAGAAGUGUCACCGGCGUAGUCUAUCACCUUAUUUUGGCAUCUGAUUCUCUUCUAAGUUGAUGUGUGGUACUUGCUCUGCGACUGUUCAUUUUUUCUGCUACAUUUGGGUGGAAAACGUUUUAAUUGCUUGGCUUUAGUUUUCUCUUAUAAAUGCUAUGCCAAGUGUGAUAGCGAUCAUUUAGUACGUGUCAUUU